UUUUAGCAAGGCGUUACAUCUGGCGCAGGCUACUCGCAGCGCCCGGCAGGGCCUGCAAGCGACCGGCUCGGCCAGGCAGGCGGCGGGAGCCAGCGGCGGCGAGGUGUUCGCGGUGCGCGCGGCCGCCGCGCCCUCCCAACCAAACAACUCGAAUAAUACAAGACGAGCCUGUGCAGUAUGCGGAUACAAAAACCAUACCAAGGACAAGUGCCGUUACAUUAAUUACUCGUGUAAAAAGUGCAACACUAAAGGACACCUAAGUAGGAUGUGUAAAAUGAGUGAUAAAAAGUUUAACUUCAUUGCCGAGGAAACCGAUGACAUACAUGAAGAUCUCACAAUGUAAACAAUACGGCGGGCAGAGAAAAUGUAAUUUUAAACGGGGUGAUAAUGUUUUAGUAAAAUCAUUUUUUAAGAAUGGUACUAAGUAUACAUGGAAAAGAGGUACUAUUGAGAAUAAAGUGGGAUCCAGAAUGUAUAUCGUAAAUAUAACGGACUUGAAAAUAAAAGUAAAGAAACACGUCGACCAAUUGUUACAUUACAAAGGCUGUGACGACACCAACGAGUCCGAUUCCGAAGGCGACGUUCCGACAUUACAAAACGACGACGACGCCCAGGACGACAACGCCGAAGACGCGCAAACCGACGCACCUCUGCCUGAAGAGCAAGAAGCUGUCGAGCUGGCGGAGGGCGGAGUGGCGAAUCCCCACGACACGUCUCCGGACACGUCUUUCGAGAGUGUCGUUUCAUCUGUCAGCUCUCCGCAGAGACAAUCAGUGCAAGAGAACACAGAUACAAUAAUGUCGUCAGAUUGUCCGUUGGAGGUUAUGGAGGCGGACGACAACGGUGUUGAGCCUGACGCUCCGGCUGAAAGUCAUGGCCUAGUCGACCUUGACAACAGGCGACAACGGCCAAUAAGGAGUACUAGGAACAAGGACGUUAAUUAUAAAAUUUAAUGGACCUUAAAAUUA